AUGCAGCACUACAACCGCACGAAAAUCGUGAUACGCGUGCUGGGGGCGGGGCAGACGGUGGGGCGCUCGUGCGUGAUCGUGGAGCUGGAGAACCGGCGAGUGAUGUUCGACUGUGGCUCGCACCUGGGGUACAAAGACGAACGGAAGUACCCCAAUUUCAACCUCCUGGUGAGUAGCGAGGCCCACGCAGAAGAGAGGGAGAAGGAGAAAGGCGAAGCGAACAUUUAUGAGCACCACCUAAACACAGAGGUGAACAUAAGCAUAGUGAAUAGCAGCAUCUCGGAAAAGGAAAAGUUAAUAAACAAUUUGAAGAGAAUAAAUGAAAUGAUCGACUGUGUAAUUAUAAGUCAUUUCCAUAUGGACCACAUAGGAGCCUUGCCCUUCUUCACGGAAAUAUUAAAAUAUAGGGGGACCAUCCUUAUGAGUUAUCCAACGAAGGCCCUGAGCCCAAUUUUAUUGCUGGAUGGAUGUCGAGUGGCAGAUUUAAAAUGGGAGAAGCAAAACUUCGAGAGGCAAAUCAAACUGUUAAAUGAAAAAUCGGAUGAACUGCUAAAUUAUAACAUUAGUAGUUUGAAGAAGGACCCGUGGAAUAUUAGCGAAGAGCAAAUCUACUCCUGCAUAGGCAAAGUGGUAGGGCUGCAAAUAAAUGAGACCUUCCAAAUGGGGAACAUGUCCAUCACGCCGUAUUACGCAGGCCAUGUGUUAGGUGCCUGCAUAUUCAAAAUAGAGGUAAACAACUUCAGCGUAAUUUACACGGGUGAUUAUAACACCGUUCCGGAUAAGCACCUUGGGAGCACGAAAAUCCCUUCGCUUACCCCGGAGAUCUUCAUUUCUGAGUCUACGUACGCUACGUAUGUGAGGCCAACGAGGAAGGCAUCUGAAUUGGAUCUGUGCAACCUGGUUCACGAGUGUGUGCAUAAGGGAGGGAAGGUCCUGAUCCCCGUGUUUGCCAUCGGACGAGCACAAGAGCUAUCCAUUCUGUUAGAUUCCUACUGGAAGAAAAUGAAAAUAAAUUACCCAAUCUAUUUUGGAUGUGGCUUAACAGAAAAUGCAAAUAAGUACUAUAGAAUAUACUCCUCCUGGGUGAAUAGCAGCUGCGUCUCCACAGAUAAGAAGAACCUCUUCGAUUUUGCUAAUAUAUCCCCAUUUGUAAACAGUUACUUGGGUGAAAAUCGGCCCAUGGUUUUGUUUGCCACUCCGGGGAUGCUCCACACGGGGUUAUCUUUAAAAGCUUUUAAAGCAUGGUCAGGCUGUAGUAAAAAUUUAAUUGUACUUCCAGGUUACUGCGUUCAAGGUACUGUGGGUCACAAGCUCAUCAUGGGAGAGAGGAAAAUCUCAUUUGAUGGAAACACCUAUUUGAAUGUUGCCUGCAGAAUUAUAUACCUUUCCUUUUCUGCACACGCUGAUUCGAAUGGGAUACAACAGCUCAUCAGACAUGUGCUCCCUCAGAAUGUUCUCUUCGUCCAUGGGGAGAAACACGGAAUGGAGAAGCUAUCCAAGCAUAUAGCUUCCCAUUAUUUAAUUAACUCCCUUUGCCCUUCCUUGGGCCAACACUGCGAGUUUAGUUUUUCCAAGGGUAAUAUGAAGCAUGUCUACGUGGAGGGUACGCUUUACGCGGAUAUCCUUCGCAAACUAAAUGAGCAGAAGGAGAGACGGUCCCUUUUGCUUAGCAGCAAGGCAAGUGGCCUCUACCGCAGUGACGCCACUAAAUUGGCCGCACGGGAUGGCACUCACUCCGUGUCGUUCGCGGCUUAUGUUGUUUACUUCACCAUUCGUGAGAAGCCCUACCUGUUGUUCCUCCCCAGGCGGGAGCUCGUGCGCGGGGUGCGGGCCAGGUGUUUCCCCGUCACGCUGCUCCGCGGGGGGAGGACCUUCAGCUCGGACAGGCUCUUCGGUAUGGGCGGCACGGAACAUGGUGGCAAUGUGCCCCCCGCCCAGCCAGGCAAAAGGAAGUACGGCGAGAUGUCAACAGGGGGGGGAGCACCAUUGGAAGGGGAAGAAGGAGAAGAGGCGGGAAAAGAGGGAACAUUGCGAUGGCCUCCAAACGCGGAAGGGCGCAGUUCCCCCCAGGGAAGCCCCCCCAACCGGGCAAGUAAAAAGCUCGCAGGGGUGCCCACCGACUGGGUGGACCCUACAGGGGGGAGUCCAGGCGGGUCAGAAGUAGAAAUGCAAAAAGGUGUAGCAGCAAAAGGAGGUCUCUUUCACCCCCACGAGGAGGAAGCGCAGCAGGGAGGGCGGCCUCUUAACCUCGCAAAGGGUGCACCCAUUGCCGCUCCCACUCCCUGCGAAGACGCUCUGCAGACGGGUCGGCAAGUCCCCCCCAGAGGCACGCGCAACUACGCUAGGGGUGAAGACCAAGUAACCAUGCCGCUAAUCAACCUGCGCUUUAGGGAAAGCAUCACCAUAAGCUACCACAAAUUUUACAAUUUUGCAAUUUCCUUUUUCAAAGAAAUUUUGGACACGAAGAAUAGGAAUAGCAUCCGUUUUUUGGGCGAAGGGGUAAUUAUAAAAAAUGUGAAGGAGGGUGAUGGGUAUGUUUUCCUCUUGUCCUUUCUGUCUCUUCGGGCCAUUCACGAUGGGGGGAGUUCCCUGCUUGUUCAGUGGUCCUACGUGGACGACGCACCUGAGUCGGCCAUCCAUAAGUUCAUAAGCGCGAUUAGGGAGUACGCCGCGGGGGGGAAAGCAGAACCGUUGCAGCUGGAAGGGGAAAGAAAUGUACAUGCAGGGGAGGGGUAA